UGUGAGUUACAAAUGUAUGGGCCAUGCGCCUGCAAUGGACGCCGGCGAACUGCCAAGCUGGGUCCAGGCGGGCGCCACAUGUCGAUGGUGGUCGCAGUCACAAAACACGUAUCAUCAGGUGGUCGUGACAUCCAUCGAUGUCAUCAGAAGGAGAGUUGUUGUGCACUUCUCUGCGAACAACACGGUGUGGAAGUCCGUGGCGUUCUCCCAGAUCGGAGUCAACGGACCUUUGCGCCCGCUGGAUGCCGGGAAUGCAAAGCCAACAACUCCAGAGGCUCGGAAGGCAGAGCGCACUGAUGGCACUGCAACACCACCCUGGUAUGAUCAGCUCAACGUGGCCGAAACUCGUCAGGAGGUUUUGCAGGUAAUCAAGCAGAAGGAAGAAACACAAGUGGCCACGCAGGAGAGAAGGCGAUUCCUAUGGCAGCAGGAGCUGCAAAGGAGAGCUGACGAGGAGAGGAGACAUCGAGAAGAGGAGCGCCGAGCUCGAGAAGCUGCGGCAGAGCGCGAGAGGCUCCGCAUCUUGGAGAAGUUGAAGAAGGAAAGAGAGGAAGAGCAGCUCAGGCAGUUUGAAGUCCUCCUGCUGAGCAAGGAAGAUGAGGUCUCCAGAAAAGCCAAUGCCAUAUGGAGGCAGCGCGAGGAAGUUGCGCGGAGGCAGAGAUACGAAGAGGAGCAGCAGCAAUUUGACGAGGAACAAAGAAUGCUGACUCAAAGGCUAAUCGAGGAAAGAGCAUCAAGGCCAAGGAUCGCUUUUGGCGUCAAGACUCGAGAGCCUGCGAAGGCAACCAUUCCGCAGCCGGUGAAGGCAGCAGCACCUGAACAAGACAGGCCUGACUGGGAUUCUUGGGGCUCGGACGCUUGGCAGGAGCCAGAGAGCAUGACGCAGCCCAGCCCGCAGUCGCGCUUGGCACCACAUCACUUGCCGAUCAAUGCAAACAUGAACUACCCCAAGUCUGCGCCAGCUUGGAAUCCACCUGGACAGACACCAUCUCCACCGGCUCGGCCAACUGCUGCGACUACUGUAGCAGCAAAAGAGUGGUAUGCCUUGCAGAUUCGGACAAUCUACCAAAAGCACAACCCGGAUAAACUUGCCGAUGUGCCUCACCUAAUGCAAAAGUAUGCCGGCUGCGAAGAGGAGAUGUACGAUAGGAUUUGUGAGAAGUAUGGUGUGCGCCCAGCUGCUCCGCCAGAGAACUUAAGACCAUUCCGGCAGCUGCCAGCGCCGGCGCCGCCGAAGGAGGAGCCCAAGGAGGCAGUGGGCUUUGCGCGAAAAGCAGGUGCUCCAGCCCCGAAGGACACGCACGCGCCAUCAACCUCCGACCUCAUGGCCAGGUAUAAGAACCUUGUGAAAGACUUGCCCAAAGUGGCAGAGGAGGAUUCAGCGGUCUCGGCGCAGGAGGUGAACGCUUCAACGUCAUUUCGCCGACCACUCGCCAGGAGCCUCAAGGAUAAUGCAGAUCGAGGAACUCGACGUGGGGAUGGCUAUGAUAGCUCACAGUCAUACGGGGCCGUGGGCGCUCCGAUUGGAGCGCGCAAGCAGCCGGUGCCCAGUGCCAGCAGCGCAGUAGAUCGAGGCCGUGCCGUGGCCAACGCUUCUUGGGGUGAUGACAGGUCUUGGCGUGAUUCUCCACGUGCCGAAAGUGAAAGGAGAGAUGACUGGUCAGCUGAUAGAAGGCCCGACGCUGAUCCCUUGCCCAUCGGCAUGCACGCGCCUCGCAACAACAGCAGGGAAAGAGAGAUCAUUCCAAGUUCAAGGCAGCGCGCCUUGCCGAUUGGGGCACCGUUGCGCGGCAGUGCCGGCCAGCGCUAUCGAGCCACACAGGAUGACUCAUUGAGACACGAUCUGCCACAACGCCGCAGCAGGAGUCGAAGCUUGGCCCGACGUUCAGGUGCGGGUUCGCAGCCCAUUCCCAGUGCAGCCAGACAUAGGCAGGUUGGGAAGCCGCUCACCUGGAGUCACAGAGCACAUGCAAACUGAGGAGCUACCGUCAGACGCAGCAGUGGCCUUGACAAUACCUGCGAGAAAACAAACGCGCGGAAGAGCACAUUGGACGCUAUGAGUUUGAUGCUUGCAGCUUGGAGUCUCGAC